CAUUGAAAUUUGACCCAUCGUAGAAGAAAAGUCAUAAAAAAAAAAAGUGAAACCAAAAAGGCCAUCUUCUCCAACGCCCUCUCUCCAUCUCUCUCCUUCAAAAGCAAGAAGUGAAGCACUGUAGCUAAAAAAACUCAGAAAAGCAUACAGAGAGAGACGAGAGAGAGAGGGGGAGGGAGGGAGACUUUUUCUUUGAAAAUUAGAAAGAAAAGCGAAUGCCACCAACAAACAUGAACCCAAAUCAUCAACCCCAUGCCAGAGAAAUGCUUCCAACAGCCAACGGCGACCACCACCAUGGGCAACGCCACCAUGCCUAUUAUCCUCGCUCUUCCUCUUCCUCGGCCUCUUUCAAAGGCUGUUGUUGCUGCCUCUUCCUUCUGUUUUCCUUCUUAGCCCUUCUCGUACUUGCUGUUGUCCUCAUAAUUAUCCUCGCCGUUAAACCCAAGAAACCCCAGUUCGAUCUCCAACAAGUAGGGGUCCAAUACAUGGGUAUCUCCACUUCCAAUCCUUCCUCCUCUGACGGCACCGCCACCGCCGUUACAACGACCCCUACAACCGCUUCUUUGUCUUUAACCAUCCACAUGCUUUUCACAGCGGUGAAUCCCAAUAAGGUAGGGAUCAAGUACGGCGAGUCUAGUUUCACCGUCAUGUACCGUGGGAUUCCUUUGGGGAAAGCUUCGGUUCCUGGGUUUUACCAAAACGCUCACAGCACCAGAAACGUGGAGGCAACCAUCGCCGUUGAUCGAGCUAACUUGAUGCAAGCUGAUGCAGCUGAUUUAAUCAGAGAUGCUUCGCUUAAUGACCGCGUUGAGCUUAGAGUUUUGGGUGAUGUUGCUGCUAAGAUCCGUGUCUUGGACUUCGAUUCUCCUGGCGUUCAGGUGUCUGUGGAUUGUGCCAUAGUGAUAAGCCCAAGGAAGCAAUCUCUUACUUACAAGCAGUGUGGAUUUGAUGGAUUGAGUGUUUAAAAUAAAACCUCCCUCCUAACUCAUAUUUUCAUAUUGGUGGUGAAGCUAUUUCAUUCUCUUUCAUUUCUCUUUUCUCUGUCCACAAAUGGGUUGAGAAAGAAUUGAAAAAAAAAAGGGAAAGAGAAGCAAAAGAGAAGGCUAGAAUUCAGGGGAUGAAAGCUGUAGGCAAAGCCAAGAUGACGAGAUGGGAAAUCAUCCCAAGAUUUUGCUGAUUUUUGUAUUGGUUUCUUCAGUUGGAAGGAAACAUUUUUUUUUUGUUUCUUAACUGCCAUUUUAAAGUUGCAUGUGCACUUAUGUAUGCUACUGUUUCUCAUCCAGCUGGCAACUAUCUUUCUCUUUCUCUUACUCUUUAGUGUGCAGUGGUGCCUCUGCCUGUCUGCCAACAUUUGGUCAGCACAUCCCUCGUUGUAAACGUUUCACGAUUGACAGAAAUAGAUCUCACUUGAAUGUGUUCUUCUGCCUUUCAAAUGUCUAUUUAUCAUUUCAACUCUGAAAGGCUUGAAAGUUACGCUGAGUUGUUGAUGCCCAUUUCUUUUAUUAACAUAACAUCAAAAGGAAAGAUCCACUAAUGAAUGACUUAACCUUGUGUUUCAUUGCUUCCAAAAAAAAAAAAAAAAAUUGUAAAAGGAAUGUUGUUUCUCUGGU